AUGUGUCAGUCAAAACUUAAAAGUACUAUUAUUUUUACUGAGCUUCAGAUCAUGGUUUUCUUGGUUUUAAAAGGUUUCAACUUCGACCGAUGUGGUUCUAAUGCACAUCGUGGUGAAGCACCACGAUUGAUAACAUUUACAAAUAAAGAUAAUAUUGCUGAGGCGUUUAUUGCUGAUGAAAUUAUCAGAGUGUCUAUUCCUGAUCCAAAAACCUGUACAUCAGUCAGUGGACUGCUAGCUGCAUACUAUGUAUGGCACAGAGAAUUUCCUUCGGCUUAUCAGGGUAUACUUGACUAUAUAACCCAUGAGGUGUAUGAAACUCCAUUAAAAAAUAAUUCAACAGUUGCAAAAUAACGAAAACAAUAAAAACGAAAGAUUGAAAAUUGCUUGAAUAAACGAAAUACCAAGGCUAAUGAAUUGAUUUUUAUA